ACCAACAUGGCCGCCGCCCUGCAGGUCACCCGGCUGCUGCUCGCGCCCCGGAGCGCCGUGCUCGUGGCUGUCCGCGGGAGGAAGUCCCGCACGGACCCGGUGGCCAAGUCCAAAGAGGACCGGAUCAAAGGCCCGCCGCCCGUAGACCCGGUGGAGAUGGUCGUCCUCAGGGAGAGAUUCACAGAGUACCACAGCACCGUGAGGGCGCUGCGUCUGGAGUUUAAGGAGGGAGUGCUUCGGAAAAAGUACGAGGAGGAGACGGGCUCCCUGGCGGAGGAGAGGGCGAGGCAGGAGGCGGAGGAGCAUCGAGCCCUGAUGGACUUCAACAACCAGGAGAACCUCCGCAUCCUCGAACUCAGGAUGUCGAGGAUCCAGAUGGAACAAGAGGAAGCUGAACGCAAACAGGUAGAAGCUGCCAUCCAGCGAGAACAAGAGCAGCAAGAGUUCAUCAAAGAAAAAGAGAGGGAGAUUAUGAAGCUGCAGGAGGAUGCAAAGAACUUCAUCACUUUGGAGAACCUGGAUCAGCGUAUAGAAGAAGCUCUGGACAAUCCAAAGAAUUACAAUUUCGCCAUCGAUAAAGAGGGGAGGGUCGUUAAACAGACGACGCUGCAGUGAAACAGCAGAGAACCGUUACGUGUCCGUCGCAGAAGACAAACAGAGACAGACGAACAUCAUUCAGGACUGUAAGUGUAACUGUGAGUUCAGUCUCAUCCACCUUGGAGGCAGAUUUUCUUCAACAAAACACAGAAAAACAUUCAGCGUGAGAAGAUUAUUGUACCUGUAAAAACUAAGAAAUAUGUGAGACUCUUUCAUUAGCAGAUAACUUGUAGAUUGCAGUGACAAUUGUUGAUGUAAAGCUUCAUUUCCUGCCUUUAUUUUUCAUGUUUCUGCUUCCUAUUCCUGUCAAAGUAAAAACAUGUUCUUUUGAUCAUAACUGCCUCCUCCUGUUAUGUUAUGUGUGU